UGGUAGCACGGAAACCAGUGCGAAGUCGACGCCGAGAUGAGGCAAAAGGUUACUGUUUGAAAGCCAAAUUUAACUCUUCAAAUCUCAUCUUGAAAUAAUAUUUGAAUCUUCACGUGUGCUGUGGGAGAUAGAACAACUUGGAAGGAUUACGUAGUCACCUUUGACAGCCUGAUUUGGCAUACCGCGUUUUUUUCCGUGACCAUGUCUUAUGCCUCAUGUUUGCUGUCCUGUCUUCUCGAAAAUCCGAUCCUCUUGUUGACUGGAAUCAUCGUCGUGGCCAUAACUGUUUUGCUGGAAUGGUUUGGACUCGUCUACCAGCUUUUUCAUAAGGUGGAAAGAAACACAAGCCGUCAUGGAGGAGAACUUGUGGCCAGUGUCCUCCAGAAACAUGGGGUGCAGUACCUGUUUACAUUAACAGGGGGACACAUUUCUCCAAUCCUUGUGGCCUGCGAAAAGGUUGGCAUUAGGGUGGUGGAUACCAGGCAUGAGGUUACAGCUGUAUUUGCGGCUGAUGCUGUGGCCAGGUUGUCGGGUACAGUGGGAGUAGCAGCAGUUACGGCAGGUCCUGGCCUGACCAACACAAUCACAGCUGUCAAGAACGCCCAGAUGGCAGAAUCUCCUCUCCUGCUGAUGGGGGGAGCUGCUGCAACCUUGUUGAAGGGCCGUGGUGCCUUGCAGGACAUAGACCAGAUGUGCCUCUUCAAGCCUCUGUGCAAGUUUGUUGCCACUGUCUCCACAGUGAGGGAAAUUGUGCCCACAGUAAGAAAGGCUCUGGCCAUUGCCCAGUCUGGAACUCCAGGCCCAGUGUUUGUGGAGUUUCCAAUCGACACCCUGUACCCAUACUCGAUGGUUGAGAAGGAGAUUGGCAUGAAGAGUACUUCAAAGUCUUUGGGGCAAAAGAUUGUCAACUGGUAUUUACAAAACCACUUGAACAACUUGUUUGCUGGUGCUUGGGAGGAGAGGGACUUAACUCCAUUGCCAGUCAAUAUUCCACAAGCAUCCUCUUCACAGAUCCAAAGCUGUGUGGAACUGAUUACCAGGGCCAAGAAACCCCUGAUCCUCCUGGGCAGCCAGGCUACCCUUCCCCCCACCCCUGUGGAAGACAUCAGGGAGGCCUUGGAAACCAUGGGUAUCCCAUGCUUCCUUGGGGGUAUGGCAAGGGGUAUGCUGGGAAGGAACAACCCUCUUCAUAUCAGGCAGAAAAGGAGGGAUGCCUUGAAGGAAGCUGAUGUGGUUAUCCUGGCAGGCACAGUUUGUGACUUCCGCCUUUCCUAUGGCCGGGUGUUGAAGGGCAGCUCCAAGAUCAUUGCAGUGAACCGUGACAAGAGCCAGCUGUACAAGAACUCAGACAUGUUCUGGAAGCCAACCAUUGCCAUUCUGGGGGAUCCUGGCAGCCUGCUGCUGGCUCUAAGCCAGGGGCUGAAGGGGUUCAGCUGUGAUAAGAGCUGGCCACAGAUGCUGAAGGAAAGAGAUGUGGAGAAGGAGAAGGACAACAGCAAAAUGGCCGAGCAGAUCACAGACCUACACCUGAACCCACUGAAGGUGCUGCACUGCUUGGAGGAACAGAUUGACGACAACAGCAUCUUAGUUGCAGAUGGUGGAGACUUUGUGGGAAGUGCUGCAUACAUUGUUCGCCCCCGUGGUCCAUUGAAAUGGCUUGAUCCUGGGGCUUUUGGCACCCUUGGCGUUGGAGGAGGGUUUGCUCUGGGUGCAAAACUCUGCAGGCCUGAUUCAGAGGUGUGGAUCAUCUAUGGAGAUGGUUCUCUUGGCUACAGUGUGGCAGAGUUUGACACAUUCAGCCGCCAUGACUUGCCUGUCAUUGCUGUGGUGGGUAAUGAUGCCUGUUGGACACAGAUAGCGAGGGAGCAGGUUCCCAUAUUUGGAAGCAACGUGGCAUGUGGCCUGGAGUUCUGUGACUACCAGCGGGUGGCUGAGGGAUAUGGAGGCAGGGGCUUCCGGAUGGACCGGACCAAUGAGGACAAGAUGGAGGAAAUCUUCAAGCAGGCCAAACAAAUUGCUAGGGAUGGACACCCUGUGCUGCUGAAUGUGCUGAUUGGGAAAACCAAAUUCAGAGAAGGCUCCAUAUCUGUGUAAGUUUUGGUGUAGCUGUAGCAUGCUUUCCAUGAUCCUGAUCAAUUACAAAGUGAUUCAACUGCCAAGACCUAAUAUUGACAACCUUUGUCAUGCUACAGGAAAGACGUAUUGUUCCAAAAAGAUGUGUGACUAUAAACAUGUAACCUGAAGAAUUAGGACAUUUAUUUAGCUGUAAUGUACUGUUAAUUUUGUUGUACAAAUUAUGGAAGCAGUAUAUUCACAUCAAAUUAUAAAUCAGAUUAAAUGUCAUAAGGUUAGCUUGGCAGAAGUGAAUAGGAGAUCCAAUAUGAUCUGGUUAUACAAUGUAUAUGCCAUGUUUAUGCCUUCUAUAUGGAUUCUUGUAGCAUUCCAGAAUUAUGACAUUUUAUGGAGAAGUUAUUUGAUUUUCUCUCUAGUGAGAAACUAGAAUCGAUUGCUGCUCAUCUCCUCAUUGAUUCACCUAUAAAUCAAAUGAGGCAAGGUUUAAAUGUUUUGGAAUAUUGUUUGGUUUCAAAGAUAUAUACUCUCUGUUAUUCACCAUUUAAAAUGUAAGUUUAAUUAUCAGUUCACACUGAGUGUGAGGUCAUAAAUCUACAUUUAAUGAUACUGAUGGUAAUAGUUUAUCUGAAAGAUCAGUGAUGUAGAGGUGAGCCUCUUUAAUUGUAACAUUAUAUUUUUUGACAAUCUGGAUUAAUUUAAGACUUAAAAAGAUGUAUAAUAAUGAAAGAAUGCUGUGCUGAUGAAUGACAUUGUGUUUUAUUUGCUUUCUGUAUCAUUACGAUAUGAUGUAACAUGCAAAGCCACAUUAUUGACAGUUGAGAUCAGAUGACCGGUAUCCUACUUUGAAAAAAAUAUUGUCACAGUCCUGAUAAUUAUCCAUGAGCUGCUGCAUCAUCACCUGGACAAUUGUCUGUAAGAUCCUUUUCAUCUGGAAAAGACGACAAAACAUAAGUGAGAGUAAUUCUUGGAAAAGAAAAGAACAUGUUGGCUGUUGAUAGAAAUCUUGAAAUAGUCACUAUGGAUGCAGAUAUCUAUCAUGAAAGAUUUUGUAUCUAAGAAAGUUUCUCACCAUUGUAUGCUGUCCCACACCACAGGCAGUAUAGAUGCUCUCUUCUCAGAUAACUUGUUAGCUCUUGAAGCAUUUCUUCAGGCUUCAUAUAGAAAUAGAAAUAGAAUAUAGAUUAAUUGAGGAAUACUGUAGCACACUGAUGUGGAUUUGUAAACUUAUAUUUCCACAUAACAGCUUACACUGUACAAUGUGUAAAUUCAAAAUGGGAACCAUAUUUUGAGAGAAUACAUAAAGUUGAUUGGAGCAUUAAGUUGA